AUGAGUACUGUUACAUCAAUCAUUCCGGAAAAUGAAGAAGACAUUGCGGUGCGACAUUUUCGCGAAUAUUUACGCAUUAAUACAGCUCAUCCAAAUCCGGAUUAUGCGGGAUGUAUCCGGUUUUUGUUCGAUUUAGCAGAUGGAUUGAAUUUCGAACGAUCCGUUCAUGAGUGUGUACCAGGUAAACCAUUUAUUAUUAUGACUAUACGUGGACGUGAUGAAUCACUUCCAUCGCUAAUGCUUUAUUCUCAUACCGAUGUUGUUCCUACACCUAAUAAGGAAUUUUGGAAAUUUGAUCCAUUUGCUGGAAUAAAAGAUACAGAUGGGAAAAUUUAUGGUCGUGGUGCACAAGAUAUGAAAUGUAUUGGUAUUCAAUAUGUCGAAGCAAUACGACGUUUAUUUAAAAAUAGCCAAAGUAAAGAAAAUUUUCUACGAACAAUACAUAUUGUAUGGGGUCCAGAUGAAGAAAUAGGUGGUGAAGAUGGAAUGGAAAAAUUUGUGGAAAGUGAAGUAUUUAAAAAAUUAAAUGUUGCAUUUGUUUUGGAUGAAGGGAUUGUUAUAAGUUGCAAAGGUGAAGCAGGACAUGGAUCGCAGUUAAUCGAAAAUACUGCGAGUGAAAAAUUGCAAAGAAUAAUCAACAAUUUUAUGAGAUUCAGAGAUGAACAAAAAAAGCUACUUCAAUUGAAUAAGGAUUUAACGCUAUCUAAUGUGAUUUCUGUAAAUUUAACAAAAAUUGAGGGUGGAGUUCAGAUGAAUGUGUUACCAACGGAGAUCAAAGUUUGGUUCGAUCUUCGAGUACCACCAACGCACAAUUUUGAGGAAUUGGAAAAUCAAAUCAGCAAAUGGUGCACAGAUGCUGGUAGUGAUGUAACAUAUAGCUUUAUAAAAAAUUCACGAAUCAAGGCGAUGACCCCAGCAACAGAUGAUGACCCGUGGUGGCAUGCAUUUUCAUCAGUUUUUAAACAAUUGAAUUAUCCGAUAUCAGUGAACAUCUUUCCGGGAUCAACCGAUUCACGUUUUCUAAGACAGAAAGGAAUACGGUCGAUCGGUUUUAGUCCAAUCAAUAAAACGCCUAUAUUACUUCAUGCUCAUAAUGAAUACAUUACUGAGGAAUGUUUUUUAAAUGGUGUAAUAAUUUAUGAAAAAUUGAUUGAGAAACUUGCUAAUUUACCGGAAUAA